UAGAGGUCCUCGCGGUGCCAUACCGUUCGGAAUGCAUGAAAGGUUUCUUGUCCAUUUUUGAAACUAUGUAAUUUGGAUAAAAUAUUUAUUGGAUGUAGGUUGCACAUUCGAAAGCUAGCAACCCAUCAGGUGGGUUAAAACUAAAGAAGAAGGGACGUGUUUCAUCGCUUUUGCUUUGGGAUUUGGGUGUAUUUCUUUAUUUGCUAAUAUUGCCGCAACCGGUUCUGGCUGUUCGGGAUCUUACAAAGAAACUUUCAAAGACUCCACGCAUCAGAAUGACCCCGCUGGACUGCGCGACGUUGUCAUUCCUUCUCUUUCAUUGUUUCGUGUUUGUAAAUGGGCUGGUGGAGAGAGUUCAGCUGCCCAGACCUCAGCUGCUACCCGCCGGCAGCACACACCUGCACAUUGCUGGGAGCUCACUCACCAUCACCUGCAGGGGUUCGGCCCAUCUGCAGUGGAGCCUUCCCAGGCGUUCUCUGUCCUCGGAGGGGGUGCUAGUGGAGGAGAAAGGAUGCGAUCGGGGCCCACACGCUCACUGCAGCCGGCUGGAGGUCCACAACCUGACUCACCACGACACGGGCCUGUAUUCCUGCAAAUACCCCCACCAUGCACAGGACGAAGGCUCCACCUACGUUUUUGUCAAAGAUGAUAGCCAUCCAUUUGUGCAUCAGCACACCUUGAACCCAGACACCGUAGAGGUGUUUGAUGACGACAAUCACAUCCUGAUCCCCUGUAGGACCACGUCCCCAGACUAUCAGGUCACCGUGAAGGGGAGCCCACACAUGGCGGAGAGGGUUAAAAACGCAGCGGAGUGGGACCCUCGGGUGGGCUUCAUUAUUCCAUACGUCCCCCACACGCACUACACGUUCCUCCACUGCAUCACCAAGGUCAACGGGCACACCUUCGAGUCCCUCUACAUCCCUUUAAAAAGAACCAAAGCACUGAAGAAUGUCAAGAUCACUCCGACGCACACCAAGCUGCUGGUUGGAGAUACCCUCGCACUCAACUGCUCUGGCGAGACUACCUACAACGGGAGAAUCAACUUCACAUUUGCCCGGCCAAGUAAUAACACUCCUGUGUACAAGACGUACAGAGAAGAGCUGUCCAGGAUGUAUACAAUGAGCAAAACCCUGACCUUGAGGAACGUCACCAUGGAGGACGCAGGGGUAUACAGGUGCACAGCGGACAUAACACGGAAGAAGCACGUCAAAGCAGAGGUCGUCAUCUUUGAGCACCCAUACCUCAAUGUAUCCAGCAGGAGAAAGAGAAUGAUUACAGUUCGGGAGGGUAAAAACAAGCUGACCUUUGAAACCAAGGUCGAUGCACUUCCUUUACCGAAUUACGUCGUAUGGUACAAGGAUGGCAUGCCCAUCAAGGAGAAUUCGACUUGCUAUGAACCAUCUGGCUACAAUCUCACUAUCAAGGAUGUAAAGCAGAAGGAUGCUGGAGUCUUCACCAUUGUUGUAGGCAAUACAGAGAAAGGCCUGUACAGGAAUAUCAGCUUCAUCCUAAAAGUCAAAGUGAAGCCAGUGAUCUCAGAGGAGGAAGUGGCCACAGUGGACAUGCAGCCUUACCUGUGGGGCAGGGAGUACCCCCUCACCUGCACCGCAUUUGGGAUCCCCGCACCUCACAUCACCUGGGCGUGGCAGCCCUGUGACCCUGACCCCACCCUCCAGUGGUGUAAACUGUACACCGAACCACAACCUAUUCCAUUCAGUGAAGAGAGGGAAGAUACGAACUACAGCCACAACAAGAUCAAGCCAGUUGAGACCAAAAAUGAGAUGUGGAAGGGAAAAAACAAAACUGUUAGCACACUGGUCGUGGCAGAGGCGAAAGCGUCAGGGAUCUACUCCUGUAAUGCUUCGAACAUAGCUGGCCAAACAACAUGGAGCAUUCCUUUCUACGUGGACACUCAUGCAGAGGCCUUAGACAUCAUCAAGCCCCAGACUGUGAUCGAGGGAGAUGACGUCAUUUUGACCUGCAGAGCCACGCGAUACCUGUACACCGAGCUACAAUGGUACGACCCACGGAACCGGACGGUCCCGAAGAGCAGCUCCACCCUGCACGUCAGCACGCACUCCGUCUCCUUCUCUCUGAAGCUGGAGAACCUGUCCAGAAACAACACGGAGGCCUAUGCGUGCAGAGCGUUCAACACCCACACGAAGAAAGUGGUCUCGAAAACAACUGUACUGGACAUUCAAGAGAGGAAAGCCCCCUGGCUGCAGCAGAACCUGACCGAUCAGGUUGUGAACAGCAGCAGUACGCUGACCCUGCCCUGCCCUGCACAGGGGGUGCCGUCACCCAACAUCACUUGGUACAAGAACGGGCGCACCGUGCUGGAGGGGCCAGGAAUCACGCUGACGGAGGACGGGCUGCUGACUAUCGAGAGAGUGAAGAAGGACGACGAGGGCUUGUACGAGUGCCAGGCCAUCAACGAUGCAGGGAGCAUGAAAACAUCUGCAUUCAUCACUGUUGUGGGUGAGGAGGGCAAGCCCAACAUCGAGGUGAUCAUCUUGGUGUCCACUGGAGUGGCAGCCACCUUCCUCUGGCUAAUGCUCAUUCUCUUCAUCCGCAAGCUGAGGAAGCCCAGCUCUGCAGACAUAAAGACAGGCUACCUGUCAAUCAUCAUGGACCCAGAUGAGGUGCCACUGGAUGAGCAGUGCGACCGCCUGCCCUAUGACAGCAGCAAGUGGGAGUUUCCCCGUGACCGUCUGAGACUAGGUAAAACUCUGGGACAUGGAGCUUUCGGUAAAGUAGUGGAGGCAUCUGCAUUUGGAAUUGACAAGCUGUCGACCUGCAAAACAGUCGCUGUGAAAAUGCUGAAAGGGGGAGCUACGAGUAACGAGUGCAAGGCCCUUAUGUCAGAGCUGAAGAUACUGAUCCACAUUGGUCAUCACCUCAACGUGGUCAACCUGCUUGGAGCCUGUACCAAGCCUGGAGGUCCCUUGAUGAUAAUAGUAGAGUUCUGCAAGUACGGAAAUUUGUCCAACUACUUAAGAAGCAAGAGGGGUGAUUUCAUUGUCUACAAGAACCAGGACGGUAAGGGCGUGACGUCGGGGUCGGGCAGCAACCUGAGCGACCUCAUCAAGCGCCGCCUGGAGAGCGUUGCCAGCACAGGAAGUUCAGCCAGUUCCGGCUUCAUCGAAGAUAAGAGCUACUGCGACUCGGAGGAAGAUGAGGAAGAACCAGAAGACUUGUACAAGAGAGUUUUAACUAUGGAGGAUCUGAUUUGCUACAGCUUUCAAGUAGCAAAGGGCAUGGAAUUCCUGGCCUCACGAAAGUGCAUUCAUCGGGAUUUGGCCGCCAGGAAUAUCCUGUUGUCCGAAAACAACGUCGUCAAAAUAUGUGACUUCGGGCUUGCAAGGGACAUCUACAAAGACCCAGACUACGUGCGCAAAGGAGACGCCAGACUGCCCCUGAAGUGGAUGGCGCCUGAGGCCAUUUUCGACAAGAUCUACACCACGCAGAGUGAUGUGUGGUCCUUCGGAGUCCUCAUGUGGGAGAUAUUUUCAUUGGGUGCCUCACCAUACCCAGGCUUGCACAUCAACGAGGAGUUCUGCUGCAGACUGAAGGAAGGGACCAGGAUGAGAGCACCUGAGUACUCCUCUCCCGAAAUAUACCAGACAAUGCUGGACUGCUGGCAGGGGGAGGCUGCGGACAGGCCCACCUUCACGGAGCUGGUGGAGAGGCUGGGAGACCUGCUCCAGGCCAACGUGCAGCAGGAGGGCAAGCACUACAUCCCCAUAAACACGGCCCUGCUGACGAAGGAGGGCAAGCCCUCCGGCACCUCCAUUGCAGAGGAGACCUGCGACGCUCCCGUCUCUCACAGGGACUCGGGGAGCGGCUGCAAUAUCAAGAUUCGCCCUGCCAGCGUGAAGACCUUUGACGAGGUUACCAUGGAGACUGACACCAACGAGUCCCAUGAGGUGAGGAGCUCCCUCUUGCCCUCCUCUCUCACACCCUCUGACCGCCAUGUGACCCAGGGGGGCCAGUCAGACAGCGGGUUGGGCCUGUCCUCCGACGACAUGAAGACCCUCAAGCGCCUGGAGUCCCUGGCCAGGCCCUUGAGCAUAAUGGCUCUAGCGAUAAAAGCAGCGAGUAAGAGCAAGGAGUCUGUGCUGUUGGAAGGGGAGAAGGACAAGUACCAGCCACCUGUCCCGGAUUUGGACCUCAGCCUGGAGGACCCGUCCCUGGACCCGGCUCUGGAAUGCCACAGCCCGCCGCCCGAUUACAACUACGUGGUCCGCUACUCCGCCCCGCCCGUCUAGCCCUGAACCCUGUCACGCCCGCCAGGUGUCGCCCUCAGCCAGUCCUGCCCUGAAGAAUCCGAUUGACUGCCUCAAGACACGCCUUUCCCCCUCCCUCUGCCCUCUCCAGCACCCCUGCGGCUCUUUCUGGAGUGUCUCUUUUUCACUCUUAGUCUGAGGUUUCUUCAUUUUUUUCCUCCCUCUGCAACACAGCACUCUAAAACAAUGCCUGUGGUGUCAGUCAAGACCUCCAAGUAGCUACGGGAUUAAGGAAUUAAGAAACGAAACAAAGUCAAUAUGCCGUUUUAUUGGAACAGACAGAAUAAUUAAAAAACACAGACCCAGAGACAGACAGAUUUUUUUCCCCAGAGUUCAAAUUUCAUAUCUGUUCAUCAUCUACCAACACUUUUCAAAGAGAGGCCACCUGUUGGGGUCAUCAUACUGGUAUUCAGAGGCAUUUGACUUCCAGCUUCUUCGGGUCUUCACAGAGUGCUGCAAAAAUAUCCCACAAGCCACUGUGAUAUCCGUACAUUCAGAUAAACAGGCUCAGGUAUUAUAAUCUACUGUGAAAAUCAGGCAGCAUUGCUGGUGUUGUACAGAUUAAUUUACAGUCAGUCAACUGUACUUUCUCUCCACUGAAGUGUGUUGGAAGCUGGUCGUAAAUGAGGGGGUGUCAUUGUAACCGAGUUAUAGCCAUUAAAAGGGCACAACAAAGGAAGUGUUUAUUAUGGAUAGAUUCUAGGUCGUCUCUGUACAUAUUUUUAAUGAAAUGGAAACUGGAAAGUUUUGUAUAUUUUUUUCAUUUUGUUAUAUUU